AUGGGUCACCCUUCUGCCGGCCUUUGCCGUGCGCGGCAUGGGGCUGUACCCCGGAAAAUGAGGCCUUUGAGAGCUCGAGAAAGAUGCACCGCUAAGCUUUUUGAAUUUUUUAAUGGGGUAGAAGCUAAACAGCCCAACUCUGCCAUCAGGAAAUGUGUUAGAGUCCAGUUAAUUAAGAAUGGCAAAAAAAUAACAGCUUUUGUUCCCAACGAUGGCUGCCUGAACUUCAUUGAGGAAAACGAUGAAGUCCUGGUUGCUGGUUUCGGUCGGAAGGGUCAUGCUGUUGGUGACAUUCCUGGAGUCCGCUUCAAGGUUGUCAAAGUAGCCAAUGUUUCUCUGUUGGCUUUGUACAAGGGCAAGAAGGAGAGACCAAGAUCAUAAAUUCAGUUUGAUUUGUCAAGAGUGUCAAUAAAACUUUUAAUUGGAAAAA